AUGUCCAAAAUGUUCAGGAAAGUCAAGGAAGGCAAGGAGAAACUCAAGGAAAAAUUCUCCAAGAAGAAAGAUACAUCAUCGCAAAGUCUGCCACUUGCAGGGGCCUCUGCCACAACCACGCUGCCAUCGUCAAGUUGGGACACGGGACUCAACACGGGGCUCAGCACGUGGAAUGGUGUUCUGAGCUUGUUGAGUAUCGCUGAAAAGACUCUCGAUAGUGUCCCGGUUCCUGGACUCAAGAGCGCGAUCAGUGGCUUCCUUGAAGUAGUCAAUCAGUUGAAACAAGUUAGUGGCAACGCCGAUGCGAUCAGUCAACUCGAGAACAGUGUCAAAUUCUUUAACCGGUCCGUAUCGGAGCCGCUGGAACAGUAUAAGGGAAAAGGUGCUGUUCCACCCGAGCUUGCCCAAGCAAUCGAUGCAUUGUCGGCUAAUCUGGAUGAGGUUAUCUCGCCCUUAAAAUCGCACCAGGGCCAAAGUCGUGUUCAGCGGUGGGCGGAUCGUAACAAAAUCGGCGGCGAUGUCCAGGAAGCUGGGGAAGGGAUACGUGAUGCUGUGAGGGCCUUUCAAGUAAGUUUUCUCCACGACGUGUAAGCCAUGCAUCAAACGUUAAUUAAUGGACAUAGGCUGCGCAAGUAGUUCGACUUGCCUUAGGGAUUGAGGUGCGGUUCGGUUUACAGUUAUCCUCCUAGCUCCCAAGCUAACCAAUA